AUGGUCAGUUUGUUGUGGCUUCGUGAGCAGAAGGGAGGAAACGCCAACCUUUGUCCUGCAAAAAUAAAAGGAUCAGAGAAAACACACACUCUACUGCAGCCGAGAGUGUAAUGGAAUUCAAUUUGCCGUGGCUGGCCGGUGGAAAAUGCCAUUAUAACUUUCAGCAAACAUUUUUUUCCCCAAACGUGAUUUUUAUGUGGGAAGAGAGUGACUGUCCCAGCUGAGGACCCGUGAAAAUACACUGGUGAUCAUCUUGUUAGCUAACUAUUUAGUAUGCCAGCGUCGUUUCCUUAUUAACUAGCAUUGCCCACUUGCUACAUUUUGUUUGGAAUUGAUCAAUCAGUUGCGAUGCUGAUGAUGUGAUUCUAUUUUAUCACAUCAAUUAGCUAGCUAUGUUUUGAGCUUUAGCAUUGUGGUCCUCGAUAACAUCGUUAGCCACUUUUUUUUUUUUUUAUUAACUUAGCUAGCGUUAUUUACUUGCGCCAGCAUAGUUAUCUAAAUUAUAGUCAUUCAGUUAUUUUCUUUACCGAUGCCAUACGAGUUUGUUUUCUGCACUUGAAGUAUCUAGCUAACUGGCUACUUAGCCAGCUAAUUUGGUAAUUGGCUACACCAGCUAGCGCGAGCUGGUGUUAUGUGAACGACGCACACUGGUCCUCGCGCAGCUUUUUCCAGUCUGCGAAAACAAUACUCUGUUUUGAUUAGCCCCUUUGAACCACCGCGAGUGUGAUUAUUGAUGUAUGUAUCUAGCUAGCAAGGUGUUGCCACAUUUUGUUUCGUCUUUAUUUUUGCAUUAUUUUGAAUGCAUAUUUUAUUCGCCGGACAGAACGAUUUUCUUGUUUUAGCGUGAGGCGCUGUCUGCCAGCUCCCUACUUAGUGCAUGUGUCCGUUGCUUUUUUUCUGUAUGUUUCUUAGGGCUACACAGCUAGCUUGUCAGUUGCUUAGCUAGCAGCAUUUAUUCGCUAUAGUAGCUUGCCGUGGUUAUUGACAUCGGCGAGCAGCACAAAUCGUUUAUGCAUGUGGAACUGCUUUGGAAUAUUUUUUUUUUAGGUUAACUAACGUUAGCUGGCUGUAAUUAAUUACUAUCAGCCAGUGGCGUAUGAUUUGCGCUGGGGGUUUCAUUGUUAGCUAGCUAUCUGGCUAAUUGUGUGAAUUCGAUUGUGAGGAAAGGACCUAGGUUUUUUUUAAGUAGCUAUGGAUGAUCAGACGCGAAUGCUGGCGGGUCUCGCCGGACUCGGCGGGUUAUCUCAAGGCGACGUUGGCGACCAAGACUCGGUUAGGAAACAGCUCGGUCAACCUCAACAAGACAUUGGGGAUAUUCUACAACAGAUUAUGGCCAUCACAGACGAAAGCCUGGACGAGGCGCAGGCCAGAUGCUGGCCAGAGGAGUCGCCGGCGCACUGGGGCGGAUCAGAUGACCCCACAGAGGGAGGGGGAGCUGGGGGGGGCACGGCAGGGGGUGGCCUGCCACUCAACUUCCAGCACAGGAAACACGCCCUGAACUGUCACAGAAUGAAGCCUGCCCUCUUCAGCGUUCUCUGUGAGAUCAAAGAGAAGACCGUGCUGAGUAUCCGAGGCAUUCAGGAUGAGGACCCCCCAGACCCUCAGAUCAUGCGUCUGGACAACAUGCUGCUGGCCGAGGGCGUGUCUGGCCCGGAGAAGGGCGGGGGCUCGGCUGCAGCAGCUGCGGCCGCUGCAGCAGCAGGAGGGUCGCCCGGUGCCGACGGCGGCAUUGAACACUCAGACUACAGAGCCAAGCUGGCACAGAUCAGACAGAUCUACCACUCUGAGCUGGAGAAAUAUGAACAGGCAUGCAGUGAGUUCACCAACCAUGUGAUGAACCUGCUGAGGGAGCAGAGUCGCACGCGGCCCAUCUCUCCCAAGGAGAUCGAGCGCAUGGUGGCCAUCAUCCACCGCAAGUUCAGCUCCAUCCAGAUGCAGCUCAAACAGAGCACCUGCGAGGCCGUCAUGAUUCUACGCUCCAGAUUCCUCGACGCCAGGCGUAAGAGGCGUAACUUCAACAAGCAGGCUACAGAGGUGCUGAACGAGUACUUCUACUCCCACCUGUCCAAUCCCUACCCCAGUGAGGAGGCCAAAGAAGAGCUGGCCAAGAAGUGUGCCAUCACAGUCUCACAGGUUUCUAAUUGGUUCGGCAACAAGAGAAUACGGUACAAGAAGAACAUUGGUAAGUUCCAGGAGGAAGCGAACCUCUACGCAGUUAAAACAGCGGUGGAUGCUGCCAGCGUGUCGGCGCAGGCUAGCCAGGCUAACUCUCCGGCGACGCCCAACUCAGGGUCGUCGGGGUCAUACAGCUUGUCUCAUGCAGGCGACGCUGCAGCUGCUGCCUACCUUGGCCUGCACCCCUCGAACGUCAACGGGGCUGGGGAGGCCGUCCUCAACAUCGCCCCCUCUCUGCAGCCCCAGGUGGAUACCCUGCACCGUGCUACACACCUGACGGCAGGCUAUGAGGAGCUGACCACUAGCUCCCUCUACGUCCCACGCCGCCUCGACCCUAGCAACAGCUGGCAGGACAACACCCAACCCUCCUCCGUCACCUCUCCACCAGGCCCCCCUGGCAGCGUUCACUCUGACACCUCCAACUGAGACACACACACCUUUUCUUCCACCCCAGAGACAGCUUUCUUUUGGUGUCUGCUCUGACCACUACCCACUUACCACCGCCCGCCCCCCCCAUCCUCCUUCCUGCCCGCCUCUCCACUACCGGUCCGGACUGGGCAACUCAUGCCAGGCACUGUACACACUUCUGUGGACCGUUAAGAUGGACAAGUGAACAGAAGACAUUUACCUUCCUUCCAUCCUACAGAAAUUCUGGAGGCUCUAGUCUCCUCUCCUAAAAUUCGAUAUGAAGACAGACUGGCGCCUGAUCAUGACAUCAUAACCCCUCGCCGCUUCCAGGACCUUUUGGGUAACUACUAACCCAACCAACUGUGUAGGGCAGGUGAUGAUCACUGAUGUCUGUACAUUACCUGUGUAUAUGUUCAUGUCAACUCCACACAGUGUUCACAGCCUGUCCAUUACCUAUCCCUUGUGAGGUUCUGGUGUUCAUGCAUGUGAUAGUGGUCACACACUCUAACGCCAGGCGCUGUGGCGAUACGGAUCACAAGACGAGCUCUGCUCACCUUGCUUGUACCAAAGUGAUGUCCUCUCUCCUUCCCCCAACCUGAUAGUUGUCACCCUCCUUCUGUUCCUCUGAGAACCAACUAGUAACACAAAGACACCUUCGAUCUUUUAGUAUUGCUGAUGCUUUCAGUUUGGGGGGGACGAUUUUAAAGUGAGUGCUUUAUAGGUCAGAUAUGCACACACCACCCACCUUUUACAACCCCUCAUAUGGAACAUGGACACAGAUCUGUCAAGCACAAACUUUUGCACCUUUUUCCAGGUGCUUCUACCUGGUGACAGUAGUUCUGGGGAGUUGAGCAUACAGUAGGCUUGAGGACAGGACUGAAGAUGAAGGGAGUGGGGAAAUGAACGGCUCCUCUUUAGUCCUCCAGAGGUCGUUUCUAUUGCGUCCCCCUUCGCUUAGUCAUCAAAAGCUGUAGACUCUUUGUAGACGUUACUUUCCUCUGUCUGUCAACUACUUUUAGUUGAUUGUAGCCCUUUUUUUUUCUCCUAACGCUGUUUCACAAAGAAAUGCACCAGCCACCAAAUAAACAAAGUUUGUUGGGAUGGUGGAAUGGAUGGAAUUAAAUAUGUUUUGGGGCAGAGAUAGCUAUGUCAUUGUGGGGGGGGGGGGGUGACAUGAAAAUUUUUUUAAAUAUUUGUGACAGUCUUCCAAUGCAUGUAGGCUUUUUUAGGUGUUCAGUGAUGGUUCUCAUUUAAAUAUUCAAGUUAUUUAGCUUCUUCACGUUUGUUUUCUUAAAGACACAGACCAAAAAGGAGUAGAUGCGUUAUGCUGUAUGUACAGAGUUCUCAGAUGUCUCAGUCGGGAGGGCUUAAUAAAUACGGCCCAGCCUUAUGGGGUAAGUCUGGGCCGUAUUCAUUAGGAACAAAACUGGCUGAAACAGGGAGGGACUUACCUGAAUUUGUCCAACAAGAAUUGCUUGUUUUCGUUUGCCGUUGCUACAUUUAGCUUACGGUGUACACUAAUGAAUAGGACCCUGGGUUUAUACUCCACCAAACGGUCUCUGGAUCAGAACUUUCCUGGGGUGUGCAACGUGCACCGAAGUGCGUGAAGUCACAAAGCGGUUGUGGAGUACAUCUAGUGUAGAUUCAGCCUUUACAUCUUUUUUUUUUUAUCAGUUCUUUGGUGUAUUUAACAACUGUGGCCUCCCCACUAGCAGGGUAUUGUUCAGUAGGGCGAAAAACUUUUAAAACCAAGUGAUAUGGGGAGAUGCUACUGCCUGAACUUAGCCAAUAGGGACAUGUUUUUUUGGUUGCAAACUGUUUCGCUACGUUGUGCCCUACUGAACAGCUCUGGUGGAAGUCCCCAGUCCAGACAGGGCUUAAACUAGCAUCUACUCAUAAUAAUCUGUUUAGCUCACAGGCCACACUACAACUUUGCAUCGUACCAAAAAUACCAGUUAUCAAUAAUGUAAUUAUGAUGAUUAUAUUUCACACCAAAAAGUUGGUGAAUAAAAAGUCUCCCGUUUUGGUAGAGGGAAUUGUAUUUGUAUUUUUUUUUUAAAGGUUUUGUCAGGCCUAAUGGCGUUUAAGUUUGGGGUUAUAUGGGGGGGGCUGUUAUGUCCGUCACACCAGUGCUAAAGAAUUGAUUGUAUCGUUGCUGUAGAGAGCACCUGUUCCAUGGGAAGGCAUGCUUUCUCCCUUGACUCCAUCUCAGAAUCCGCUGGUAAAAAUGGGUCCUAUUGGUUAGCCCUAUGAUAUGGCCAAUCAGCAAGGGCUUUACUGUUCUUAAUAACUUUUACCAAAAAGGCAGCACUGGUUUUAUGAUAAACAAGGUAGUCUUUAGAGUCAAAUCAGAGUUUAUCAUUUCCUUUUGUAGUUUUUAAUUCAGCUUUUUUUACAUUUAUUUUUUUACAAUCAUACAUCAACUGUUAAGAGUCCCGGGCAUUUUGAUAAAGAAAGGACAAACUCUAUAUAUUAAACAUAUAUACAGACAUUUUAAAUGUCAAAUUGGGGUUUUGUUAAAUACAGACAUCGUUACAGAGAGCUCUUAUAUUGUAUUACCCAAAUUAGUGUCCUUGUUUACUGUCAUAUUAUAAACAUUUCAUAUGGCUUAUAUCUCACAAAUAAUGCUACCACUACUACACCAAAUUAGUCCCCUCUUCCUGUCUUUUUCUACCAGUCAUAAAUGGAUGUCACUGUACAGAUUGUGGAAUGUUUGUUUUUCUCUUUUUAUAAACCCAAUGCUUUAUUUUUGCUUUUCCUUUUGGGUGAAUUGCCUGGUUGUUUGGUCAUUAAUGUUCUCCUGAGGUUGGGGUCAAGUUAUUUUAUUUUUUAUGAUUAUUUGCAUAUUUUAAUUUGUUAGUUGGGGUUGCAGUGUGGGGGUUAUGGGUUUUGUAGUUUGGUGCUGUGUAAAUUUCAAUUGGAACUUGAGAAAAAACGUCCUUCACACACAUUUUAGAAAUCCCUCUAUUUCCCUUAUACAUUUAAUUUCAGCCAUUCAGUCAGGAUUGACCCAAUUUGAUAUGGUUACCUAUCAUUGGUGAAUUUGAGUUCUUCCAGUAUUUUGUAGUAACGGUACAGUUCAAUGCAGAAAUCGAGCUACACAGGUUGAGCCAUUACUGAGUCAACCUACUGUAGGAUUCUACCACAGAAUAUUCUACCAUUCUAAUUCUUUGAUUCUACCUGGGGCCGUAGAAUUCCACAGUACCAAAUCAAACGAUAAAAGGUUUAAUGUAAUGUGUCAUUUGUUUUAUUAGUAUCUUUGUAUAUUUCUCCCUCUUCGUCCCACUGUAUUUUAAAUACCACCUUGUCUCUCUCUACCUCUGUCUCUCAGUUUCUCUUGUAUAUAAAACCCCACUGUUUCAAGACCUGUGGAUCUGUAUGAACUCCUUUUAUACCUCAACUUUAGAAUUGUUCUAGAACGAGUAUUAAGAAUGACAAGUUGUAGUGCUCCUUAUUAGAAGAAAAAAACAAAUAAAAUAUUUGUGCUUUUCAUUA